AUGGCGAUGAACAAUUACCAAUGGCCAAAUGAAAGGGGGCAGCCAAAGAAGGUGGCUGGAAUGAUGGAAGUGGAUGCCAUAACCAUGCUUACCGCUCAAGUAGCAGCUUUGAUGAAGCAAUUGCAAAAGACUACCCUACCCUCUCAAGCCAUGCAAGUUCAAAACUCAUGUGAAGUGUGUGGUACAGCCCAUCAACCAAACCAAUGCCCUGCUACAGACAUGAAUAAUAUGCCCAUGGAAGAAGUCCAAGCCAUAGGAAAUUACCCAAGACAGCCUAACAAUCCCAAUUCCAUGACUUACAACCCAGCUUGGAAGAACCAUCCCAAUUUUUCCUGGUCUAACAACCAAAACACUCUCCAACCUUAUCCUCAACCUCAGCCACCUUAUAUACCUACCCAAAAUAGGCCACCCUAUCCACAACAAUAUGCACACCAAAAUCCUCCACCGGGCUACUAUCAACCACAAAAUAGACCACCUCCACCCAUGCCAAUGAAACCAGCUGAAUCCCAACCUGAUUGCCAAGCUAUUACCUUGAGGAGUGGAGAUAAAUAUGAAGGGCCAAAGAAGAGUCAGUCAGUAGAAGAUGAGAAGAAGUUGGAUAAUAAAAAGGUUACUGAAGACCUUAAGGAAGAAGAGGAGACCCCACCUGUAACUAUUGAGCAUCAUGUUAGAGUUCCAUAUCCACAAAGACUUCGCAAGCAUAAUUUGGAUAAGCAGUUUGCAAAGUUUUUAGAGGUGUUCAAGAAGUUACACAUAAAUAUAUCAUUUGCAGAAGCAUUAGAACAAAUGCCAAGCUAUGUAAAGUUCAUGAAGGAGAUUCUCUCAAAUAAGAGAAAAAUGGGUGAUUAUGAAACAGUGGCAUUAACAGAAGAAUGCAGCGCAAUUUUGCAACAGAAGCUUCCUCAAAAGUUGAGAGAUCCUGGGAGUUUUACCAUUCCAUGCACUAUUGGGGAGUUCGAAUGUAAGCAUGCCUUAUGUGAUUUGGGGGCGAGUAUUAAUUUAAUGCCUUUGUCUGUAUUCCGAAGGCUUGGUUUGGGGGAAGCUAGGCCAACUACAGUAACAUUACAGCUGGCUGAUAGAUCUGUGAAGCAUCCUCGUGGUAUUAUAGAAGAUGUGUUGGGAGAGUUGAAGCUGAGAGUUCAAGGGGAGGAAGUAGUAUUUAAUGUGUUUAAGGCUAUGACUUAUCCUAAAACAAGUGAUAGUUGUUUAUCUGUUGAUGUGGUCGAAGAAGUAGUGGAAAGGAAAACAUUAAGGGAGGAUCCUCUUGAGUUGAGUCUCACAGUUGAUGAUGUAGAUGGUGAGGAGAAUGAAGAGGUGAUGAGUUACUUAAAUUGGAUAAAAUCAGCUGACCCUUGGAAACAGAAGAAAUUUGAAGAGUUGGGGGCAGGACCAGACAGACCAUUACCAUCGAUUCAGAAGCCACCUGUUUUAGAGUUAAAGGUUUUACCAGACCACCUUCGUUAUGCUUAUCUUGGGGAGAAAGAGACUCUUCCAGUUAUAGUCUCAUCAUUUCUUUCGGAGGUAGAGGAGGAGAAAUUGUUGAGGGUGUUACGGGCUCAUAAAACUGCUAUAGGGUGGACUUUGGCUGAUAUAAGAGGAAUUAGUCCAUCAACAGUCAUGCAUAGAAUUCUGAUGGAAGAUGAGGCGAAACCGACUAUCGACGCUCAAAGAAGGCUUAAUCCAACAAUGAAAGAAGUGGUGAGGAAAGAGAUUUUGAAGUGGUUGGAUGCUGGGGUGAUUUACCCAAUUUCUGAUAGUGCUUGGAUCGUAAUUGCACCGGAGGACCAAGAAAAGACAACUUUUACGUGUCCUUAUGGGACUUUUGCUUUUCGGAGGAUGCCAUUCAGGUGUGAGGGGUCGCAUUUGGUGCUUAAUUGGGAAAAGUGCCACUUUAUGGUUAGUGAAGGCAUUGUAUUGGGGCACAAAAUUUCUAAGAAAGGAAUUGAAGUGGAUCGUGCUAAGAUUUCUACCGUAGAGAAUUUGCCACCGCCAAUUUCAGUUAAAGGAGUGAGGAGUUUCUUGGGCCAUGCGGGGUUUUAUCGGAGAUUUAUCAAAGACUUCUCUAAGAUCUCAAAGCCGCUGUCUAACUUGUUGAUGAAUGGGGUUCCGUUUGAUUUUAAUGAUGAUUGUUUGGCUGCUUUCAAGACUCUCAAGGAGAAGCUCAUUUCAGCGCCGAUAGUAUGUACUCCUAAUUGGGAACUUCCAUUUGAGCUUAUGUGCGAUGCUAGUGAUUAUGCGGUUGGAGCGGUUCUUGGGCAGCGAGUGGAUAAGGUAUUUCGAACUAUAUACUAUGCUAGCCGGACUUUAAAUGAUGCUCAAUUGAAUUAUGCAACAACGGAAAAAGAACUUCUAGCCAUAGUUUAUGCCUUCGACAAGUUCCGUCCAUAUUUGAUUGAAAAUAAGGUGGUAGUUUAUACGGAUCAUUCAGCAAUAAAGUAUCUCAUGACUAAGAAAGAUUCCAAGCCUCGUCUUAUUCGGUGGAUUUUGCUAUUACAAGAAUUUGAUGUGGAAAUUAAGGACAAGAAGGGGACUGAGAACUUGGUGGCUGAUCAUCUGUCUCGUUUAGAAGUUGGGGUAAAUUCUCUUAAUAAAGAAGUUCAGAUUAAUGAUGCUUUCCCGGAUGAGCAGUUGUUCGAAGUGAAUGUUGGUAAGGAGGUUCCAUGGUUUGCGGACUAUGUAAAUUAUUUGGCUGCCAAGGUUAUACCCCCUGAAAUGACAAGAUGUGUUCCUGAGGAGGAGAUGUUGUCAAUCUUAACUCACUGUCAUAGUUUGCAUUACGGUGGUCAUUUUGGCGGAACAAGAACAGCUGCGAAAGUUUUGCAAAGUGGGUUUUACUGGCCUACAUUAUUUAAGGAUGCUAAUGAUUUUGUCAAAAGUUGUGACCGUUGUCAACGAACUGGGAACAUAUCGAAAAGAGAUCAAAUGCCGAUGACCGGUAUUUUGGAAGUCGAGCUAUUUGAUGUAUGGGGGAUCGACUUUAUGGGUCCCUUCCCAUCAUCGUAUAAUAACAAGUAUAUUUUGCUUGCGGUAGAUUAUGGUUCUAAAUGGGUAGAAGCUGCAGCAACUCCUACUUGUGAUGGGAAGGAAGUUAUUAAAUUCCUUCAUAAAAAUAUCUUCACUCGAUUUAGUACUCCAAGAGCUAUUAUUAGUGAUCGGGGAAGUCAUUUUUGCAAUAAGUGGUUCACCGCUCUUUGUGCUCGUUAUGGUGUUCAUCAUCGCAAGGCAUUAUUUUAUCACCCAAUUGCAAAUGGCCAAGCUGAAGCUUGUCAUCUACCGGUGGAAUUGGAGCAUAGAGCCUAUUGGGCUGUGAAAAAGUUGAAUGUUGAUCUCUUCAUGGCGGGGCAGAAUAGGCUUAUGGAGUUAAAUGAACUGGAGGAAUUCCGAAAUGAAGCCUAUGAGAAUGCGAAGAUAUAUAAGGAGAAAUCGAAGGCUUUUCAUGAUAAGAAAAUAUUGAGGAAGGAUUUUCAACCAGGGGAUAAAGUUUUUCUUUUUAAUUCUAGGCUUAAACUUUUUCCUGGAAAACUGAAGUCAAGAUGGUCUGGACCGUAUACGGUAGUAUUUUCACUUCCUUAUGGAGCAGUACAAGUUCAUAGUGAAAAGACGGGAGAUUUUAAGGUGAACGGACAGAGAUUGAAGCAUUACUUGGAGGGACCGGUGGAGACAUGUAGGACCAUGGUCGAUUUGGAAUUGAUUUGA